AUGCGCCAGCAAACCCUCGCUGCACUGGGCUUGCUGCUGCUCGGUCCCGCGCUCGUCACCGCCGCCCCGCACGACGCUGUACGGCUCCCUAACGGCGCAUCUGCUAGCCCCAACCACGCGCCGCGGCCAUGGCGCAGGCUGUCCGACUGCCUCAUCAGGAAGAUAUGGGGGCUGCCGGAGCCGCAGAAGAGCCUGGGAGGCGCUGGCAGCCACAGUGUGCUGGGCUCCCAGCUCGACACGCGAUAUGGUGAGGACGUGGUCCUGAGGUUCAAGAUCCGCACAGAAGAGGAGGCACAAGCACUCGCAGAGGCCGUCGACGUGCUUUUCCUCGACGUGUGGGAGUUCAACGACGACUGGGCCGACCUGCGCGUCACCAAACAUGUCAUUCCAUCGCUGCUCGGACUGCUCCCAGCGUCCCUCCAACAAUCGCACCAGCCGCUCAUGCAAGACCUCGACCUCGCCCAAGCCAUCUUCGACUCGUUCCCCUCGCCCGCCGGCACGCAAUCGCACGACCACUACUCGCCAGAGCUCAAGGCCUCGCCUCGCUCAGGCCGGGGCCAUCCGUUCUUCCAGGACUACCAGCCCAUGUCUGUCAUCAGCCCGUGGAUGAACCUCAUGUCGUCCAUGUUCACCACACACGUCCGGCGCAUCAGCAUCGGCAACACAUACGAAGGCCGCGAGAUACCCGCAUUGCGAGUCGGUGUGCAUCCCACCGACAACGACCACCCCUCUGGUGCACGCAAGACCGUCGUCAUUACUGGAGGCUCACAUGCGCGCGAAUGGAUUUCGACAAGCACUGUCAACUACCUCGCCUGGAGCCUGAUUAAUUCCUACGGCAAAGACCGCGAAGUCACGCGCCUGCUAGAAGAGUUCGACUUCGUUCUUGUCCCAACCCUGAACCCCGACGGCUAUGUCUACACCUGGGAGACGGAGACCCCCACCAGCCUCCGCUUCUGCCGCGGUGUCGACCUGGACCGCAGCUACCCCUUCAAAUGGGAUGGUGACAUGACACGCACUAACCCCUGCAGCGAGUCUUUCGCCGGCGAUGCGCCCUUCGAUGGUGUCGAGGCCCAACGUUUUGCCGAGUGGGCGCGAAACGAGACCGAAUACAACAACGUCGAAAUCGUUGGAUUCCUGGACCUCCAUUCAUACAGCCAGCAAAUCCUCUACCCGUAUUCUUACUCCUGCAACGACGAGCCCCCGUCCAUCGAAGACCUCGAGGAACUUGGUCUUGGCCUGGCCAAAGCCAUCCGAGUGGGCAGAAAGGGACAGGCAUACAAGGUCACGUCAGCCUGCGAAGGCAAUGUCGCCUUCUCCUCGAACAACAACAAAAAGAUCAUUCUGCCUCGCAUCGAGAGCAGUGGUGGCAGUGCGCUGGAUUACUUUUACCAUGACUUGAAGGUCAAGUACAGCUACCAGAUCAAGCUGAGGGAUACAGGCAGUUACGGCUUCUUGCUGCCCAAGGAAAGCAUCAUUCCAACAGGUGAGGAGAUGCUGGACGCUGUAUUGUAUUUUGGACGUUUUAUGCUUGGACAAGUAGGCCUGGCGGAGGAGCGAAAGAUUGAAAAAGCCCCCGGAUCGCCAAUGGGAGAUGCAAAUGUCGAGAAUGUUGAGUUGUAA